AUGGCCGGCGGAGAUUCCACGGCGGUGGAAGGCGGCCUCACCGCCGCGCCCCUCCUUCUAAUCCGCGACAUUGUCCGAAUAUCCGGUGCCGGCUUCUCGGGGAUUUUCAAGAAGGACUGUACGGACUUGGGUCGCAGAGUCUCGCUCUUGGCCCAUUUGCUCGAGGAAAUUAGGGAUUCCGACAAAACCCAAGAAAACGGCGAGGCUGGGCCUUCCUCUCUCUACCGUGCUUGCUUUUCUGACCUCACAAUGGCUCUUCAGGCUGCGAGAAGGCUCGUCUUUGCUGCUAACAACUUCGACGAUUCCAAGAUCUCCUCUGAUGGUAUGACAGAGGAAUUUUUCUGUCAAUUUCAAUGUGUGACAUGGUAUUUGGAAAAAGCAUUGGCUAACUUACCGUACAAUGAUUUUGACAUAUCGGAAGAAGUGCAAGAACAGAUUGAAUUAAUGAGGGCUCAGUUGAAACGGGCCACUGAAAGAUACGGAGAGCCGUUUAAUUUAACGUUAUUACGCCAGGCCCUGUUGCAGCUGUUGGAUAAAGAGGCCAGCAGUAUACAUUUGAAGAAUAUUGGGAUCAUUGAUCUUAAAACUGGACAAAAAAUGGAAGGUCUUGUGGAAGCAAAUGGUUUGGAGAACCGAGAGCUGGAUGAGUUGAUCGAGGACAAUGAAAGUUUGAGCAAGUCUUCGGAAUCAUGUGAGAUUGGUGCCCCUAAGGACUCGGAUAGCGGGUCGAUUGAGAGCUCGGAUUGCAAAAGUGAAGAAGAGAACAAGAAAUUAGAUUCACCCGCAAUUCCUGUUGAUUUCUUGUGUCCUAUAUCUCUUGAGAUUAUGAAGGAUCCAGUGAUUGUGGCCACAGGGCAGACCUACGAGAGAGCCUACAUACAGAGAUGGAUCGACAGCGGCCACAAAACGUGCCCCAAAACCCAACAGAAGCUCGACCACCUCACCCUCACCCCAAACCAUGAGCUGAUCAUGCUCGCCAAUGCCGUCCCGCCGCUCGUCCGCGUGCUCCGGGCUGGAGGGCCCGAGGCCCGGGAGAACGCGGCCGCGACCUUGUUUUGCCUCUCGCUCGUGGACGAGAACCGGGUCGUGAUCGGGGCCUCGGGGGCCAUCCCGCCCCUGGUGGACUUGCUCAGGGAGGGGGGCCCGCGGGGGAUGAAGGAUGCAGCCACUGCACUGUUUAAUCUGUGUGUGUAUCAUGGGAAUAAGGGACGGGCCGUGCGGGCUGGGAUUGUGGAGGUGCUUCUGGGAAUGCUGGCGGGCCCGGGAGGGGGAACAUUGGUGGACGGGGCGCUUGCGAUCCUAUCGGGCCUUGCAGGCCACCGUGGGGCCCGGGAAGCGAUCGUGGGGGAAGGGGGUUUGCAGGUUCUGGCCGGGCUGAUGGGGACGGGCUCGGCCCGUGUGAAGGAGAACGUGUGUGCGGUUUUGGUUCGUUUGUGUGGGAAGGAUGGGGAGAGUCUGGAGGUUCUGAGGAGGAUGGGGGCAAGGGAUCAGCUUGAGGAGAUUGCGGCAAAUGGGACGGAAAGGGGGAGGAGGAAGGCGGGGUGGUUGCUCGAGGUGCUCGGGGGACAGAGGCCGGUUUGA